UGCUCGCGCCACUCUCUCAACAGCAUCCGUCAACUUUCAGCCAUUCCUCUACCCAAACAAUCGCUAAACGAAAGAUGGACAGCUGGGAGGAAGCGUGUAGGUCUGUGGAUAUAAAGGACGAACCCGAAAUCACCAAAGCACAACGUGAGGCUGUCGUAAAGGCUAGUUUCAUGGUGGCCGCGGCGCUAGCUAAGUCCGGCCGGCCAUUGACCGACGGAGAAUUUGUUAAAAGCUGCAUGAUGAAAGUUUGCGACGUCGUGUGCCCAGAUAAAAGGCAAGUGUUUUUAAACGUGAACCUGAGCAGAGACACCGUUGCUGGUCGUGUAUGUGAUCUUGCCACCAAUCUACAACAACAGCUGGUGAGGAAAGGAAGAGAUUUCAUCGCAUACUCUCUUGCUGUGGACGCGAGCACCGCCCUGAUGUCUGUUUUCAUCCGUGGAGUGGACUCCAGUCUGUGCGUAACAGAGGAACUGUUGGGAUUACGAUCAAUGCAUGGCACUACUACGGGGAAAGAUCUAUUUGAAGAGGUAUCCAGGUGUGUAAAUGACAUGAGGCUGCCUUGGGAUAAACUUGUGGGACUGACAACAGAUGGAGCGCCCGAGAUGUGCGGUGAAAAGAGUGGAUUGGUGGGCAGGAUGCGGGAGAAGAUGCGGGAGGACAACUGCACAGGUGAGCUGACAACCUAUCACUGCAUCAUACACCAGGAAGCGUUGUGUGGCAAAGCCUUGAACAUGGAACAUGUGAUGAGCACCUUAACACGAGCAGUCAACUUCAUAAGAGCCACAGGUUUAAACCAUCACCAGUUCAAGUCUUUCCUGGAGGAGUUGGGUUCAGACUUGCCCGAUCACACACAGGUGCGAUGGCUAAGCCAAGGGAAAGUACUGAAAAGGUGUUUCGAGUUGCGUGAGGAGAUCUGUCGGUUCAUGGAAAGUAAAGGGGAAGACACAACAGAGCUCCGGGAUAAAGAGUUUCUGUGUGAAGUGGCGUUUCUGUGUGACCUCACCAGCCAUCUCAAUGCGCUCAACCUGCAGCUUCAGGACCGGGGCAGUGUGGUCACAGACAUGUACGCUGCAGUGAGGGCUUUUAAAGUCAAGCUGCGCCUGUGGGAAACGCAAAUGCUGCAAGGAAAGUUGAGCCAUUUCCCGUGCUGCCAAACUAUGAAAGAGCAGGUCUCUACCGCCGUGUUCCCAAGUGCACGGUUUGCUGAAAAACUCAGCAUACUCGGUGGAGACUUCACACACCGGUUUGCCGACUUUGAAGCCCAAAAAAGCAGGUUUGAACUGCUCCGUAAUCCAUUUGCAGCCGACGUGGAAAGCGCACCAACCAACAUCCAAAUGGAGCUGAUUGACCUCCAGUGUAAUGACUCACUCAAGGCAAAGUAUGUCUCUGUGGGCGCUGCACAGUUUCCACGUUUCAUCCCGGACACAAUGCCCCAGCUGCGUAGCCAAGCUGCUCAAAUGCUCUCCAUGUUUGGCAGCACACACCUGUGUGAACAACUGUUCUCUAUGAUGAAGAAAACAUCACACAGGACUCGUCUUACUGAUGAACUCCUUCACUCAAUCCUGAGGAUUUCCUCCGCUCGGAGCCUGACCCCGAACAUUGAUGAACUUGCAUCCAUGAGAUGCCAGGUAUCUGGCUCAGACUAGUGUGCAGCACAGAGCAGCACACUGAGCUUUACUGGGUUUCCUUUUUGCUACCACGGGGAAAGUUUGGUGUUUCUUUGAAGGAAAUAAUUUGUUGGCUGUUGUUGGCCUGUGGAAAAAUGUUUUCAUUAGAAAUGACUCUGGAGAUAGAGCGAUACGAAAUGUAUGCCUAAGCUUUGUUGGUUCCACGUUCAAUAUGUGCAAGAAGUUCAUUUCAAUAAGUUUUGCAAUACACAUUGAACCACUCCGGCCGUCACUUGUAUCGAUUAUUUUAGUGUGUGUGAGUGUGUGAGAGUGUGUGAGAUGAAGCUCUCUGCUGUAUCAUAGUAAAGCUUAUUAAACGGGUCAGACUGUAUUUACAAACAGCAGAGUUAAGCAGGUUAGUGUACUAUAUAUACUGUAAUUAUAUUGUAUUUAGUAUAUUUCUUUAAUUAUAAUAUCAU